GCCGGUGGUUUAAGUUGUUUAUAAAAUAUGGAUUUUUAAUAUAAUAACGUCACAUGAAUUUACAUCAUUUAAAUUUAUAUGAUUAAAUUCAAUUAAAUUUAAAAAACUCAUCUACUAAAAUUAAAAACAACAGCGCAUGCUCUGAUGAAGCGGUCAUGUUGACGCAAAACUUUGCGACUCUUUUGCACUUGCGGCUAUUUUAAAUAUCUCGUUCAAAAAUAAUAACCCACCAUUGUGGUUGAUUGGCAUAUUAUUAUAAACAAUUAUAAAUAAAUAUUGUGACAUAUUUCUUUAGAGUUAAGUUAUGUUAUAUUUCAACAUUCUGCGGCUUCAUUGAGCAAAGUCGCAGGUGUUUGCGUCAAUGUUGACUUUUUGUGAGCAGUUCAAAAAUCAAAACGCAAAUGUAAAUCAUCCUUUAAGUGCAAGAAAGCAUCUUAUAUUGUGUACACAAGCCUUUAGACACAUACAUACAAAAGCCGAACAGCAAGUAACGCAAUUUUAAAGCACUCCCGGCGUGCUCCCGUACUCUAACGUCUUGUCGUCUUCAAUAGACAGGAGACAACAUUUUAGAACAGUUAUAGCCAUCCACAAUUUGUCAUCAUAGUGAUUAGAGUUCACAUCCGUUUGUCUUGCCAAAAAAAAAAAAAAUUAAUACAUAGAAAUUUUACGCCAAGUGCCUAAAAGGAUCAUUGCCGAUCCAACAUCAUCAACACCCCAAGUUUAAAUUACCAAUUUAAAAAAUAUGGAGUUCAUGGAAGUAACAGUGCCGAAUUACUCUUAUGUAUUUAAUUUUGAAAAAAAAUUUAUUCAUCAAGAUACACGUGAUUGGAUGCAAAAUAAUUGGACUUAUGGUUUUUAUUAUUGUGGCAUUUAUAUGAUAUUAAUAUUCAGUGGACAACAUUGGAUGUCAUCACGUCAAAGAUUUGAGUUACGUGGAUUAUUAACUAUUUGGAAUACAUUACUUGCAACAUUUUCAAUUAUUGGAUUUACCAGAACAGCACCAGAGCUUAUUCAUACACUCAGAAAUUAUGGAUUGUAUCACAGUGUUUGUGUACCAAGUUUUAUCGAGCAAGAUCGUGUGUCUGGUUUUUGGACAUGGAUGUUUGUUCUUUCAAAGUUACCAGAAUUAGGUGAUACAAUGUUUAUUGUAUUACGUAAACAGCCAUUAAUAUUUCUUCAUUGGUAUCAUCAUAUAACUGUACUGUUAUAUUCAUGGUUUUCAUAUACUGAAUAUACAUCAACAGCAAGAUGGUUUGUUGUUAUGAAUUAUUUUGUUCAUUCAAUUAUGUAUACUUAUUAUGCAUUAAAAGCAAUGCGUUAUUCACCACCAAAAUUUAUAUCAAUGGUUAUAACAGCAUUACAAUUAUUACAAAUGGUUAUUGGUUGUGCUAUUAAUAUUUGGGCAUAUCGUUAUCUUGAACCUGGUCAAAAAGAUUGCUGUAUAUCAAAACAUAAUGUACAUUUUAGUUUACUUAUGUAUGGUAGUUAUUUUAUAUUAUUUGCUAGAUUUUUCCAUAAAGCAUAUUUCGUUGGUAGAAAAAAUACCAAAACAUCAAAUGAUGAUUAUAGCAAAAAAAUUAAAAGCAAUUAAUCUUUUUCAACUGAAACUUAAUAUUCAUAUGAACAAAUUCAAAUUACAUUAUUGUAAUUUUAUACUCGGAUUUAAGUAUGUCAGCAUUUACUGAUUUACAAAUUAUUUUUUUCCUUUUUUUUUUUCGUUAUUGUUUUUAUAAAAAAUAUUAAAACUAUCAAUUUGUUUAUACAAUUUAUCAUUUUAUUUUUUGAGUUAAUUUGUUGCUCUUCUGGUGACUUAUUUUAUAUAAAUAAAUAAAUAAAUUUUUUUUUUUUUUUGUAGUUUGUCAAGCAAUCAAAUUUUUAAAUUUUUCUUUUACGUGGAUAUUGAGUGCAAAGUCUUUUUUCUUUUUUUUUUUUCAAUUAACACUGUGUGAGAAUAAAUAAUAAAUUCAUAAUAUGCGCACAAUAAUAUUCAAAUAUUUGUUGAACUAAACGAAAAAGAAUAUUUUUUUAAAAUAAAAAACAAAGUCGUAUAAAUUUUUGGUAAUCAAGUCAAAAUAGAAUCGAGUUUUAUUUGAAAAAUUUAAAAUUAAAAUGAUCAUUGACAUAGUUAUUGUCAUUGUAUUUAAAUAAUUAUCAAAAUUACAUAAAUCAAGAAUAUUUUAGUUAUUGUUUACAAAAAAAGCUAAUAAAUAUUUUACUUCAGGUGGCAUAUGUAUAUUUUUUUUUUCAUUUGCAAGUAAUAAUUAUUCAACUAUAUUAACAAUCAUUUUCUCAGGGUUUAUAAAAUCUAUUUUGUUUUUUUUUUUUCUACAUAAUAUAACAUUUUUUUUUUUUAUUAAAAAUCUCAAUAAUAAAAACAGGAAGUAUUUUUUGUUUUAUUUUUGGGACUGUUGUGUUUUUAAUUAUCGCUUUAAAUUGAUAAUUAAAAGCGACAAAUUGUAUAAUAAAAUAAAAAAAUAUAAACAUUAAAUGAUAAAAAUUAUGUACAACUUGUAAAUGAAAAAAAAAAAAAAAACUUGUAAUGAUUAUAAUCAUCGAUAAUUUAAAAGACCAGCUGUGACCCCGAAAGAACGUGUGAGAUAAAUAAUUUUUAAAAAAAUGUUUUUUAAUCACUCAAUGAUAAAUUAAUAAUAAAAAAAAAAUCUGCGGAUAUUGACCGCGGCGCGCAGGACGUGC